UAAUUCCAAAAGAACAUGUCCCUAUACAGACAAUUUGCCUUAUCCUAUUUUGAUAUGCAUAACCAAAAUAACUAUGAAUUUCUAUUAAUCACUGAAACAGCCGCCAAUUAUAUUCAAGGAGUCACAUGAUGAAUAGCAUGAUUCACUACUCUAAAGGAAUAAAAGGCAGGAGAGUACUUUAUAGGUCACUACAGUCCAAACACUCCCAAAUAGUCUAUACUAAAAACAUAACAUAGCUUACAGAUGCUAUUAUGGAAUAUCAGCAAGGAAAUCAGAAUUCUUGCAGCCUCAAAUUCAUUUUCUUUUGCUGUCUAGCCUCCUCUUUAAGUCAAGAUCCUCAAAUGUGAAAUCACAUUUGUGGAUGCAAAAAUUGAAAUGUCAAAACAUGUCUAAAGUGUUCAGAUACCUAAAGAAAAUCUUGACAGAAAGUCAGGGAUCUAAUUGUCAUGCAAAUGUCCCGUGUAACAGAGAAUGAAGAAAUACAGACAACACUUUUGCUAAAAAGAAAUGCAGUUUUUUCAUACAGCAUUAGCUGCUUAAGCGUGGAUGAUCAAGACAGUCCCCUAUACCAACAGGACAGACAAACUGGACAGGACAGUCUUUUAGGGGGCAGAAUAAGCUCCAGAAGUGAAUAUGCCUAAUCACAUGUAUUAACAAAGAAUGCAACAGCAAAAACUGGAUUUAUAAAAUAUGGACAAAAGCAGAAGCUGAGACACAGCUGAUUACAGACCUGUUAUUAGCACGGUUCAUUUUAGGGGCAGUAUUUGGAAAGGAUUCCACACACAAUGUUCAACCUCCCGCAUUAGAUCGUCCCAGAUACCGCCGCUCGUCAUUCCUCCUUCGCAAAAGCGAAAGUAAAACACAGCUGCCCCGCUAGGUGCCGAACAGGUGUCCCGCAGUAGCCAGAUGUGUACCCGCAUCAGCCGCGUCACUGCGCACGAAGGCUCUGCCCACACUCCGCCGAGCCUGCUGCUUCCUGCUUCCGUGGGAGCGGCAGCUGAAGGGAUCGUACGUUCCCCGACCCUUCCCGCUUGUGCCAGCGACUAAAGCGCCCUGCUCCAUGGAAAUCCCCCCGUCCCACUACCCAGCUACGAGAGCAGCCGCGGUAGCACGGAACUACAUCAACUACCAGCAUGGCGGCCCCAAUAAAGUCUUUAUGUUGCAGGAGGUGACCAAAGCCAGCAGGGAGGACAUUUCUGGUGUUGGACAUAAAUACCACCUUAAAUUUGCAAUAGAAGACUUCCUUCACAAGGACAAUAUCAUUAACUGCACUGCUCAAAUUCUUUAUUAUCUGGGCAACCAACACGCUGCACCACAAGUCCAUUUUACAGUGGAAGGAGAACUUGGGAAGAACACAGAUGAAGCAGAUAACAAAUUUUACAAUAGACUCAAGAGCCUUCAAGAACCAUUGGUUGCACAAAAUAUUCCAGACAAUCAUGGCAACAUGUUACCAGAAAUGGAGCCCAUCAGACAUCUAGCCCUGGUUGCCUGUGGUUAUAUAAUAUGGCAGAAUUCAACUGAGAACACAUUGUACAAUUUGAUUCAAAUCAGAAAGGUCAGGCAGGUGAAAAGAAACGAUGAUUACUUAGAAUUUGACUACACCAUCCUACUUCAUGAUAUUGUGUCGCAGGAAAUUAUUCCUUGGCAAAUGCAAGUUCUUUGGCAUCCACAGCAUGGAGUUAAAGUAAUAAAGAACAGCUGUCAGCCAAAACAUGCAGAGCAGAACUAGCAGCAUAUUCAAUAUGGCAAUAAUAGAAGCUAUGAUGAUGGGGAAGUCAUGUCAGCAGACAGCUAACACAGAGAUGAACAAUAUCCUCGCUCAGUGAAACCCUCUUCCUUCCAUGUGUAUUUUACUUCAUGUCCAAAUAAAUCAAAAGGAAUAUUA